AGAGCCCCGCCAUGAACCUGCACCAGGUGCUGACGGGAGCUGUCAACCCCGGGGACCAUUGCUUCUCCGUGGGCAGCGUCGGAGGGCAUCCCUUCACGGCAUAUGCAUCAGGCUGUGAUAUUGUGAUACUGGGGACUGACUUUGAAAGAUUACAAAUAAUUCCUGGAGCAAAACAUGGCAAUAUACAAGUGGGAUGUGUGGAUUGCUCUAUGCAGCAAGGCAAGAUUGCAGCCUCCUAUGGGAAUGUGAUUUGUAUUUUUGAGCCAGUUCAGUGUCUGAAACAGAAGCAUAAUUGUCAUACUGGGCUGCAAUAUCAGUGGCAGAAAUCAGGUCAAAUUUCCCUGGAGCAUAUGGUACAUAACUUAACAUGGGACCCGACAGGCUCUCGUCUGUUGACUGGUUCCAACUGUCUGCAGCUAUGGUCCAAUAUUAGUUUUGAAAAUCCAGCAGAAGAUGAAAACCAUGAAAAAGCAGAUGUUCAGGACUGGAGAAUUGUUUGGCAAUGCAAAACUGCUUCUCAAGUUCAUCUAAUGAAGUUUUCACCAGAUGGAGAAUUUUUUGCUACUGCUGGGAAGGAUGAUUGUCUCGUGAAGGUGUGGUAUAAUACUGAUAGUUGGAAAUCAGCAGUUUCUCCUCAAGUUCCAACACCAGAACCUAUUGCACAGGAAGUAGAUUUCUCAUUUAUUUAUUUGGUUCACCCUCGGUCUGUUAAUGGAUUUUCAUGGAGAAAGACGAGUAAAUAUAUGCCACGUGGUGCUGUAUGCAAUGUACUGCUGACAUGCUGCAAGGAUAAUAUAUGCCGUCUCUGGGCAGAAACUCUGUUGCCUAAUGAUAGUCUGCUCUACGGGGGUGGAUGCAGCCAUUGGCCUGAGCCAGUGAAAUUAAGUAAUAACUUUAAAAGAAAUGCUUCUAGUAAGGAAAGUAUGAAGAACGCUUUAGAGUUAAAUCUAAAGCCCUUUCGACGAGGGAGAAGAAGGUCUAUAGCACUUGCCCAUACUGGGUACUUGCCACAUCAACAAGAUCCUCAUGAAGUUCAUCGAAACACUCCACUGCAAUCAAAUGCACUUUGCCAUUUUCAUAUUGCUGCCAGCAUCAAUCCAGCCACAGACAUUCCUCUGCUCCCUUCCAUCAUGUCUCUGAGUCUUAAUGAAAAUGAAGAGAACAGUGGACCUUUUGUGGUGCACUGGCUAAACAAUAAAGAAUUGCAUUUUACUUUAUCAAUGGAGGUCUUUUUACAACAUCUUAAAAAGAAUUUUGACCAUAUUUCUUCAGAGGCCAGCACAGAAGAAUCUAAUCAGAUGGAUAUAAAAUCUGAUGAAGAAAUGGACGAAAAUAGAGAAGAUCACAAAGGGAAUCAAGAACAGUUAGAAUUUAGUGGUGAAAAACCCGUUUCAAAUUCAAGCUAUGUUCCCUUGCCAUCUGCUGUUAUUGAUCAUGAAAUUGAAGUACAGCUGUCUGAAUGGAAUAAAAAUGCAGACAUGUUAUUUAGUAUUCAUCCUAUGGAUGGGUCAUUGCUGGUAUGGCAUGUAGGUUGGCUAGAUGAAUACCAGCCAGGCAUGUUUCGUCAAGUACAGGUGUCAUUUGUUUCAAGGAUCCCUGUAGCCUUUCCCACCGGCGAUGCAAAUUCACUUUGCAGAAGUAUAGUGAUGUAUGCUUGUACCAAGAAUGUUGAUCUAGCUAUUCAACAAGGCAAACAAAAACUAUCUAGCUUUGGCCAUUCCUGCUCAAUGUUAAUCUCUUCAGGACACAGCAAAUCAUCGCACAGCUUAAAAUUAAGCAUCUUCACCCCAAAUGUUAUGAUGAUUUCUAAACAUGCAGAUGGAUCUCUGAAUCAGUGGCUAGUCAGUUUUGCAGAGGAAUCCGCUUUUUCAACCGUACUCAGUAUUUCCCACAAAUCAAGAUACUGUGGUCAUCGUUUCCAUCUUAAUGACCUGGCUUGUCACUCAGUACUGCCGCUGUUACUUACAACCUCCCAUCAUAAUGCAGUAAGGACGCCAGUUGUUGAUAGCGGGCAAGAGGCACAUGAUGACUCACCUUCAACAUCUCAGAAUAAAAGCCCCACAGGCACAUCAUCACAGGAUUUCACUGCUGUCUACAGUGAACUUAUCCUUUGGAGAGUUGAUCCUGUUGGGCCACUGUCUUUUUCUGGUGGCGUUUCGGAACUUGCACGAAUCAACUCCCUUCAUGUAUCUGCUUUUUCAAAUGUGGCGUGGCUGCCUACCCUUAUACCCAGUUACUGCCUCGGUGCAUAUUGCAAUUCUCCAAGUGCUUGUUUUGUUGCAAGUGAUGGACAGUAUCUGAGACUCUAUCAAGCUAUCAUAGAUGCAAAAAAGCUUCUGUGUGAACUGUCAAAUCCAGGAAUUUCUAAAUAUGUUGGUGAAGUUUUUAACAUCAUAAGUCAGCAGUCCACAGCCAGACCAGGAUGCAUUGUAGAACUGGAUUCCAUUACAGAGCUGCAUGGUGGAAGAAUGCAGUUACUCCAUGUUUUUCAAGAAGAUUUCAUUUUGAAUCACCAUGAGACUAAACUGUCAGAAAAAAACACCCCGUUACUAGACUCUGAUUAUCAGAAAAAUGGGUUUUCUGAAAAAUUCUAUUUAGUCGUAAUUGAACACAUGCCAAACAGUUCAAUGUUACACAUGUGGAAACUACAUUUGAAGUCUGUACCAGUCUCAGUGGAUGAACAAAUAAAGUCAAAGGCAUUUGAAGCAAUGUCUCACGAAGAAGACCUCUGUUCUCCAGAUCAAGAGAAGCUCCAGUGUUCCUUCACACAAAAAUAUGAAGCUUGCCGAGAGAAACUUCAAAGUACCAGCCAACUUGCUCUUUUUUCAGAACUAGUUUAUAGUCAAGAACUGAAUUUGCCACAAGGAGUAGAGAUAAUAAGCAUAAAGCCAUCUGCAGGUCACCUGAGUUCUUCCUCCAUAUAUCCAGUCUGUCAUGCUCCUUAUCUUCUUGCAACUUUAUGCUCAGAUGGUAAGGUUAGAUUUUGGAGAUGUAGAGUGACAUUGGAAUCAGGUAUUGUUUCUGAACCAGGGAGUAGUCCAGAUGUUGGUACGUAUAUAUGGGAAGAAUGGCCAUUGCUAAUUGAAGAUGGAUUUCUAAGUAGCAGUUCCCUUAAUGUGCCAGGUAAACCUCUUGAAAUUAGUUGUGCACAUACAAAUCGAUUAGCUGUGGCAUACAAGCGAAAAACACCCCAGAAUGGUGGAUCUUCUCAAGACUCUUCAGUGAACAUUGGCAUUUUUGAAUGUGAAUCUACUGGAGGAUCUUGUUGGAUAUUGGAACAAACUCUUCACUUGGAUGAACUACACCCAACAUUGGACUCUUUGGGUAUUGACAGUAACUCAAUGGCAGAUGGAAAGGAGAACAUAAUACCUAGCACAAAGCAUUUAGUUCACUUAGACUGGAUGUCUAGGGAAGAUGGCUCACAUAUCCUAACAGUAGGUAUUGGGCCAAAACUUUAUAUGUUUGGUCAUCUGGCUGGGAAAUUGCAAGAACAAACUGGUAAGGAAGCAUUUGUAUUGCCACUGUGGGAAAAUGCUAAGACUUCAAACCCUUCCAGAUUUGUAUUGCUGCGAUGUGUGGAUUUAGUAUCAUCUGUAGAAGGUUCACCCCCUUUACCCAUUUCUUUGUCUUGGGUUCGUGAUGGGAUCCUUGUAAUUGGAAUGGAUUGUGAAAUGCAUGUUUAUUCUCAGUGGCAGCCUCUUUCAAAGCAAGAGCCUGUUUCCACAGACUCUUACAGUGGGAGUACACCAUCCAUAACUAGUUUAAUGAAACAAAACCAAUCCUCUGGUCUCCAUCCACCAAAGCGAGCAUUAACCAGAUCAAUGACAAGUCUUGCACAGAAACUUAGUGGAAAGAGAACUGCAUUCGACCUGUCGUUAGAGAUGGAAGAUUCUGGACUGUUUGAAGCAGCUCAUGCGUUAUGUCCAACUUUACCUCAGUACCACCCUCUUCAGCUUCUGGAACUCAUGGAUCUGGGAAAAGUACGUAGAGCAAAGGCCAUUCUGUCUCAUCUUGUUAAAUGCAUUGCUGGAGAAGUUAUUGUCAUAAAUGAAUCUGAACCCAGCCAUGAAAGGCGGCACCACUCUCUCUCCAUCUGUGCCAGUGGGAGCACUACACGGGAUCCAAAGACGUUCAGCCACCGCCUUAGUGAAGUUUCAGACUAUACAGAAAUAGAUUCUGUUCCACCUCUUCCUUUAUAUGCAUUGCUUGCUGCAGAUGAAGAAUGUUCAUAUGCUUGUACAGAGAAGUCGCAUAACCAAAGAAACAUUAACAAACAGAAUGUGCCAGAUGAAAACUAUGAAGAUCUUUUUCAGAAUUCCAGCCUACAUACAGAUGAUCUUACUUUGUGUGACAUAGAUGAAGAAGACAAAAAGCCAAAUGUUAUUGAUCUUUCUCAGUACAGUCCAACUUACUUUGGACCAGAGCAUGCCCAAGUUCUUUCCCGUCACUUGCUUCAUUCUAGUUUGCCUGGUCUGACCAGGAUAGAGCAGAUGUCAUUAAUGGCCUUGGCUGAUACCAUCGCGACUACCAGUACUGAUAUAGGAGAAAGCAGAGACAAAAACCAAGGAGGAGAAACACUUGAUGAAUGUGGCUUAAAAUUUCUUUUGGCUGUCCGUCUUCACACUUUUCUGACAACCUCUCUGCCACCUGCUCACAGAGCCCAACUGCUUCAUCAAGGUUUGUCUUCUAGUCAUUUUGCCUGGGCAUUUCAUUCAGUGGCAGAAGAAGAAUUGCUAACCAUGCUACCAGCAAUGCAGAAAGGUGAUCCCACAUGGCCAGAACUCAGAGCAAUGGGAAUAGGAUGGUGGCUUCGAAAUACUCAUAGUUUGCGCAGAUGCAUUGAGAAGGUUGCUAAAGCAGCCUUUCAAAGAAAUAACGAUCCACUAGACGCAGCCAUUUUUUACCUUGCAAUGAAAAAGAAGACUGUGAUUUGGGGGUUAUACAGAUCCCUAAGAGAUACUAAGAUGACACAGUUCUUUGGACACAAUUUUACAGAAGACAGGUGGCGCAAAGCAGCGCUGAAGAAUGCUUUUGCUCUGUUAGGAAAACAACGUUUUGAACAUUCUGCAGCAUUUUUCUUGCUGGCUGGUCACCUAAAAGAUGCAGUUGAGGUCUGUCUAGAGAAGCUACAUGAUAUUCAGUUGGCCCUUGUAAUAUCCAGACUUUAUGAAUCAGAAUUUGAAGUAUCUGGGACCUUCAAAUCAAUUCUGCAGAAAAGAAUUCUGGGAAGCCGGCAUCAUAGCAAGGAAAGUCCACUAAACACACACAGUGAUCCUUUUCUUCGAAGUAUGGCUUACUGGAUUUUGGAAGAUUAUAGCCAUGCUCUUGAUACUCUUAUAAGCCAACCCAGUGUGGAUGAGGGAGAUGAAGGAAGCAUCUCAAAUUGUCACCCUUCGGUAUUUAAUUUUUAUAACUACCUAAGGACACAUCCACUGUUGCUGAGACGCCAUUUUGGUUCUUCUGACUUAUCCUCUACAAGAAUUUGUGUAACUGGAGAAAAUGGACUAGCAGAUGAAAUCAAUUUAGAUGAAAGAAGAUUAUUCUUCACUGCAGCAUAUGCUCAUUUAAAAACUGGUUGCCCCAUGUUGGCUUUAGAAGUUUUAUCAAAGAUGCCAAAAGUGGUCAAAAAGUCAAGGACUUUAGGAAAAACACCUAGCUUGAUGGAUACGAGCAAAGACAAUUCAUCUGCUUCUCCAGGACCAGUGGAAUCAAGGGAUGACCAGUCCCCCAGCAGUGACUGGUCACAAGCAGUAGUAAACGGUUUAGGAUCAUCUUCAGACUUCUCAGACAAACAUUCAAGCUCUGCACUUUCUUUUGAUUGGAGUCAGCCAAGUAUGACAUUGCCAGAUGAACCUUUGGAGCUAAAGUGGGACAGUGACAAAGGUGAAGAAAGUGAAGAUUCUUGUCUUGAAAUGAAACCUUUGCAAAAAACAGUACAUGAGAAGCCAAAUGAAGUUAGUACUAGCUACACAGAAACGUACAGUGCAGCUAUUGAAGAUGACGCUUUAAGUUUAUCAGAAGACAUCAUUUCAACGCAGCUGAAAUUUAGGGCCUGCUUGAAGAUUCUCACCAUGGAACUCCGUACGUUAUCCACUGGCUAUGAGGUAGAUGGUGGAAAAUUAAGAUACCAGCUUUAUCAUUGGCUUGAAAGAGAAGUGGUAGCUCUUCAAAAGACUUGUGAUUAUAAUGUAGAAGCAGAAGAUAUUCAGUCAGGAAUUAGCCCAGUAGUGGAUGAAGCCUCAUUAAGUGAAACAGCUGAAGAACUGUCUGACAAACAGCUAAAAGUUCAGCAAAAGGAAAAUUCUCAGAGAAGACAGUGGCUUGUGAAAUACCAGUCACUUUUGAGGAUGUUUCUAAGUUACUGCAUCCUCCAUGGAUCACAUGGUGGAGGUUUGGCAUCUGUAAGGAUGGAACUGAUUUUGCUUCUACAAGAAUCCCAGCAGGAACAGACAGAGCAAUUGCCUACUAAUAAUAUAUCAGAAGAAAAUUCAAUACCACUUCUGUUCGCCUGUACUGCAAGUGCCAAAACUGUGGUGGCCAAUCCAUUGUUACAUCUUAGUAACCUGACACAUGACAUGCUACAUGCAAUAAUAGACCUUGAUUCUCCACCUCAUCCAGAUAUACAGAACAACAAGAUACACGUAAUGCAUACAUUAGCAGCAUCUCUGUCGGCUUGCAUAUACCAGUCCCUUUGUGGAAGUCACAACUAUAGUUCAUUACAAGCAAAUCAAUUCACUGGAACAGUCUACCAGACUCUGCUGCUUUCUCAUCGACGUUCUUUAAGAACUGCAAGCUUAGACGAAACAGUAACUCCCAAUACUGCACCAGCUCAAUGGCCAGGAAUAACAGCUUUAAUACAGUUAUUGAAUUGUGCUGGGGAAGAAGCCCAACCUGGGAUCACUAUUUUGCUAUGUGAAAUUCUGACAGCAGUCUAUCUUAGUCUCUUCAUCCAUGGUUUGGCCACACAUUCCAGCAAUGAAUUGUACAGGAUCGUGGCCCAUCCUCUUAAUGACAAAAUGUGGUUUGCUGUCUUCGGUGGAGGAGCUAAGAUCCCUAAGAGAGGACAAAUCCAACAAACAGCAAAAACGGGUAGGCACUUCCCUAUGCCUAGCCCACAUCAGGUAGUAGUAUUCUCCAUGGAAUGCGUGGGGUUUACCAAAUCUCUAACAGCCAUCACUACUCAUAGCCCUACCAAACUUGCAGCUUGUCCUCCUGUAGAUGAUGGCGAGAAACAGCAUAAACGGUUUAGGCUGUCAUCAAAAUCAUCUCCAAAAGAGAGUUUGCAUCCUACUUCUCUACUCUUGGUCGAGCAAGAUUCUUCAAAUUACAGAGAGAAGUUUAUCCCCCCUGAACUUAGUAUCUGGGACUAUUUCAUAGCAAAGCCAUUUUCUCCAUCAUCACAAAUGAAAGCUGAAUAUGAUUCUGAGGAAAGUCCAGAAAGCAGUGAUGACGAAGAUGGUGAUGAUGAACAUUUGAAGCUUCAAGAACACUCUAAUUCAAAUUCAUAUAGUUGGUCACUGAUGAGACUGGCUAUGGUUCAGCUGGUUCUUCAUAAUUUGAAGAUUUUCUAUCCUUUGGCUGGGCAUGAUCUUUCAGAUCUUCCAGUUAGCUCUCCACUGUGUCACACAGUUCUAAAGGUACUCCAGCGCUGGGAACAAGUUCUUCUCAGACGACUUGAGAUGCAUGAUGGCCCACCAGAAAAUUUCAUUUCUGUUCGUACUUCAGAAGAUGCAUCCUCUUCAGGUCCUGCACUGCUCCGUCACAAAGCGCUGCUGGAACCUACAAACACCCCUUUCAAGUCUACAAGUAACAGUGCCCUGUCUGUGAAGAGGCUUUGGCAGUAUCUCAUUAAACAAGAAAUGGUCCAGGAAACCUUCAUCAGAAACAUAUUUACAAAGAGAAGACGCUUAAAUGAGUCAUUAGAAGAACAAAAUGAACCUAUCAAAAGUACCCCAGUUGAAGAACAUGGAAAUAAGAUAGAGUAUGAUAUGGGAUAUCAAGGAAGUAAAGCAAGAAUCAUCCACAAAGAAUCUGACAUUAUUACUGCUUUUGCUGUCAAUAAGGCCAACAGAAACUGUAUUGCUAUAGCUUCCAGUCAUGACAUUCAAGAGCUAGAUGUUUCUGGAAUUCUAGCUACACAGAUUUACGCUUGGCUUGAUGAUGACUUAGAAACAGAAGCUAAAGGAUCUGAUGACUACUUAGUUAUACAUGCUCGUGAUGAACUAGCCAAUGUUCAGGGAACGACACCAUAUACUCACAGCAAUCCUGGCACUCCAAUCAACAUGCCUUGGCUCGGUAGUACCCAGACUGGAAGAGGGGCUGCUGUGAUGAUCAAGAAGGCUAUCAAUAAUGUCCGAAGAAUGGCUUCCCACCCAACACUGCCUUAUUACUUGACAGGUGCUCAGGAUGGUAGUGUGAGAAUGUUUGAGUGGGGUCAUUCUCAGCAAAUUACAUGUUUCCGGUCUGGUGGCAACUCUAGGAUUACACGGAUGAGAUUCAGUUAUCAGGGCAAUAAGUUUGGGAUCGUUGAUGCUGAUGGAUAUAUAAGCCUUUAUCAGACAAACUGGAAAAGUUGCUUACAUACUGGAAACACACCCAAACCAUAUUUGACUUGGCAAUGCCAUAACAAAACAGCCAAUGAUUUUGUUUUCAUCAGUUCUUCAUCUUUGAUAGCCACCGCUGGGCAGUCUACUGACAACAGAAAUAUUUGCCUGUGGGAUACUUUGGUUGCACCUUCUAGUAGCUUAGUGCAUGCUUUCACCUGUCAUGAUACUGGAGCAACAGUCUUAGCAUAUGCUUCCAAACAUCAGCUGUUAAUAUCUGGGGGCAGAAAAGGUUAUACCUGUAUAAUUGAUCUUCGUCAAAAGCAACAACGACAGCUUUUCCAGAGUCAUGAUUCUCCAAUUAAAGCAAUUGCUGUGGAUCCAACAGAAGACUAUUUUGUCACAGGGUCUGCUGAAGGGAAUAUAAAGGUAUGGAGUCUGUCUAACUUCAGUCUUCUUCAUACUUUUAUCAACGAACAUUCUCGACAGUCUAUUUUCAGAAAUCUUGGGACAGGUGUCAUGCAGAUUGAGACAGGACCAGCAAAUCACAUAUUCUCAUGUGGAGCUGAUGGGACAGUAAAGAUGCGAAUCUUGCCUGAUCGUUUUAGCUCAUUCAGUGACGUGUUGAAAAAUGAUGUAAAACUCAUGCUCUAG